CCGAAACAUACUUGUAAAUCACGAACGAAAUAAAUCAGCCAUGAAGAAGCUAUUUUAUGAGUACGUUGUGGUCCUUUGUGGACUGUUUUCAUACCAGGGUUUGAACGCUGCCCCUUUGACAACAGAACAAUAUAGGUAUGACGAUAGUUUCUCGUCAAGUGACGUCAGUAGUAAGACGUCAGAAAGGGUCACCGAGUCAACGACAAUGGCCCAAACAACGACCAGCCUGAGUUUAACGAUUAAUACAUCGCAGCUUUCUGGCGUGUUCUUAUCCAUUGAGAGGCUACAGAUGAGGGUUGACGAACAAUUAAACAAACUGACGCUCGGUUCAAACGUUACCAGGCAGAACAUUUACACAUUAGAAGUCCAACAACAACGGCCGGUGUUAACGCCAGAAUCGACGGAACACGCACGUCAGUGUGAAACACAGACGUUGCUGGUGUCUAUACGCAAGAUGUACUAUGAAUUUGAACCGUGGUGUAUCGAGAUGGAGUCCUUCAUUCCAGAGAAGAUUGUUAGAAACUACCUAUAUCAGACACUGGACACUCUGGAUAGCUUGCGUUCAAACGCGGCCCCUGUGACAACGGAACGUGCAAGCUUUGACGUCAGCUCCUCUUCGAGUGACGUAACAAGUCAGAAAACAGAAUGGUCAACCGUAUCAACAGCCCCAAAUCAGAACGGUCCAACUAUAACCGUAACUACCGCACACCUAUCUGGUGUAUUCCUGGCUAUAGCGAGACUCCAGAAGAAAGUUGAAGAACAAUUUAACAAGCAGGUGUAG